ACCUCUCAUUAUGCAUCAUCUUAAAUAGUAUCAAAAUCUCAGCUCAUAAACUCUUUUUUUUUUGUUAGAGAGAAAGAAAGAUCGAUCAUGGCAACCUCUUUGAUCCUUACUUGGAUCACCGUGUUUUUAUUACUGAUUUGGUGUGGUUUGAGAGCUUUUUAUUCACUUUGGUGGAAGCCUAAAAAUCUAGAGAAGCAAUUGAAGAAACAAGGUAUCAAAGGAUCUUCUUACAAAUUUUAUUACGGAGACAUCAAAGAAUUCUUGAAGGAUAGGACGGAGGCAUUAGCCAAACCCAUGAAUCUAAAUCACCACAUAGCUCCAUAUGUCCUCCCGUUUACCUGGAAGGCAGUACAAACCUAUGGGAAGGUAUCAUUUCAUUGGAAUGGAACGACACCUGGGUUAAUCAUAUUGGACCCUGAGAUGAUGAAGGAUGUCUUGACUGAGAAGAAUGGUCACAUUCAAAAACCACCCAUGGAAACCUAUAACCCUCUUCUAGCAGACUUACUGAAGGGAAUCGCAAGCUUGGAAGGAGAGAAAUGGUUCAAACAUAGAAGAAUUAUUAAUCCUGCUUUUCACUUGGAGAAAUUGAAGGGUAUGAUGCCAGCAUUUACAACAAGUUGCAGUGAACUGAUCACGCGUUGGAAGAAAUUGGCUGAUCCUAUAAAAGGUUCUUGUGAAUUGGAUAUAUGUCCUGAGAUGGAGAGACUAACUUCAGAUAUAAUUUCUCGAACAGCAUUUGGAAGCAACUAUGAGGAAGGAAAGAAGCUCUUUGAGCUUCAAAACGAGCAAAUCGCGCUAGCUGUGGAAGCUGUUCGAAGCAUAUACGUCCCAGGCUUCAGAUUCAUGCCCACAAAGAAUAACCUGAGGAGAAAUCAAUUGGUCAAGGAAAUUAAUGGCAUAUUAAGAGGGUUUAUCACCAAAAGAGAAGAAUUGAUGAAAACCGAUCCGUCAAGUAGUAAUGACUUGCUAGGAUUGCUAUUGCAAUCUAAUGAUAUAGAAAACAGUAAUAGAUUGACAAUUGAAGAAGUUAUAGAGGAGUGUAAAGUGCUCUACAUAGCUGGACAAGACACAACUAGGUCCUUGCUAACAUUCACCAUGAUCGUGUUAGCUAUGCACCCGAAUUGGCAAGAGAAAGCACGAGAAGAAGUUGAGCGAAUUUGUGGCCAAAAUGUACCUGAUUUCAAUGCACUAAAUCGUCUCAAAAUUGUGGAAAUGAUCCUAUAUGAAGUCUUGAGGUUAUACCCUCCAGCACCCAGCCUACAUCGGCAUACACGCAAGAGAACAAAAUUGGGAAAUCUCUCCAUACCAGCAGGAGUCGUUAUUACAAUACCACUGCUUCUUGCUCACUGUGAUCCUGAAUAUUGGGGUGAUGAUUCAGAGGAAUUCAAGCCAGAAAGAUUUGCCAAUGGAGUUUCAAACGCGCCAAAAGAUAAACUCGCGUACUUUCCUUUUUCACGGGGUCCUAAGGUCUGUAUAGGACAAAACUUUGCUUUGAUUGAAGCUAAAAUGGCGUUGGCUAUGAUUCUGCAGCACUUCUCUUUCCAGCUCUCGCCUUCGUAUGCUCAUGCUCCUCGCAUGGCCUUGAAUCUUGCACCUCAGCAUGGAGCACAAAUCAUAUUACACCAACUUUGAGUUAGAGACAUAGAUUAUGGCAAUAGUGUGAUGAUUAGCAAUCACAUGAAGUAAUUUGCAGUACUUCAGUUGUAUGUUGUAAGUUUUUUAAUAGUGAAUUUAAAUUUAGAUUAUCCAACGAAUAAAAAGGCCGAGCCAAAGGCCGAAACCCCUAGUUUAUUUA